UAGAUGGCAGUGUAGGAUCAGAGCGAGGCAGCUGCUAUUACAGCUGUCUAGGCCGCAGAGGAGGGCAGGGCAUAUAACGUGAACAUGCUGUCACUAUGCCGUGGCUCCCUCAGGCUUUGCCGAUCUACCCUGACGCACUGCUCCGGAAGGCCUGUGGCUUCCCCACGCUGGAUGAGCAUGCAAGGCUACAGAGUAGAGGAAAGGGGGCGGCCAAAUACCACUGACUAUAGGCUUUACUUCAAGAAUACAGAUGGCAAAUUCAUUUCACCAUUUCAUGACAUCCCUCUGCAUGCAAGAGCUGAACAGGACAGUGAUGUGCCAGCGAAGAAAUCAAAGACUAAUUGGGAUAAGAAUGUGUUUAACAUGGUGGUAGAGGUACCUCGUUGGACAAAUGCUAAAAUGGAGAUUGCAACAAAAGAGCUUCUUAACCCUAUCAAACAAGACAUCAAAAAAGGAAAGCUUCGCUAUGUUUCAAAUAUUUUUCCUCACAAAGGUUACAUAUGGAAUUAUGGAGCCCUUCCACAGACCUGGGAAGAUCCCAAGCAUAUUGACAAUGAUACCAAGUGUUGUGGUGACAACGAUCCAAUAGAUGUCUGUGAAAUUGGCUCCAAGGUUUGCACAAGGGGUGAUGUUAUACAGGUGAAGGUUCUGGGGAUUCUGGCUCUAGUGGAUGAAGGCGAGACUGAUUGGAAGGUAAUCGCAAUCAAUAUUGAUGACCCUGAUGCUGAGAAGUUCAAUGACAUAGAAGAUGUAAAAAAGCAUAAACCUGGCUAUCUGGAAGCAACUGUUGAUUGGCUUAGGACUUACAAAGUCCCUGAUGGGAAGCCUGAAAAUCAGUUUGGGUUUAAUGGAAAGUUUAAAGGCCAGGAAUCUGUAUCUGGAAGAACACUGUGUCUUCAUUUCAAAUGGUUGGAUUAUCCUGACAGUAUCUGAUGAUUCCUUGCCUUUAAUUGCUAAAUGACUUAAUGCUUGGCUCUUGAUGUUUCUAUCUCUGUUUUAUGGUGGCUGUGAUAUCAUCUUUUACUAUCUGUUGCCUGCUCUCACUUCUGUCCUGUUAAUAUGGAUUUUGUUUCAAUGCAGAAUGCCUGGAACAAUUGUAUCCCUUCAACACUAUACCAUACUGACGGCAUAUUCAAAUAUAUUAAAUAUUUGUUCUGAGUUGCAUGUAUGCUUUUUAACAUUUGCUAAAUGUUGCAGGAAUUUGCUCUUGAAGUGAUCAAAUCCACUCAUGAACAUUGGAAAAAUAUGUUGCACAAAAAGUCUGAUAAAGGUGAAAUUGAAUG